AUGAGGGAAUGAGAGAAAGGGGGAGUGUGUCCAUGAGAGAGGGUGUGUGUGAGAGAGAGAGAGUGGGAGAGUACUCCCAGGGCAGUCUGAUCAGUGCUUCAUUCUGCUUCUUCCAAUGUGGAAUACAGCCCUCACUGCUUUCCUGGAAAGUGAACUAUCGCAGAGGACUUUUAUUGGAGUAUAAAGACUUUUUGUGGCGGUUACAUCGGGUGCUUUGUAUUAACUUUCGUGGUAAAUUUAAACUGCUGAGUAUGGAGAUGAACGGUCGUGCCCUGCCGCCAUCAAUACCAGAGGAUGGCGAAGCCCCUGACCAUGUUCUUCAUGGAGAAAUAAAUGGCUACCACCAGAGGCUUCGGAGUGGUGAUGGGGGAGAGGCUGAGGUCCCCGUGUCCAAGUCCCAGAGACGGAAGAGUGACGUCAAAGUCUAUAAGGAGUUUUGCGAUUUCUAUGCUCGCUUCAACAUGGCCAAUGCACUGGCCAAUGCCAUGUGUGAGCGCUGCAAGAGUGGCUUUGCCCCAGCAGAGAAGAUAGUGAACAGUAACGGAGAACUUUACCAUGAGCAGUGCUUUGUGUGUGCCCAGUGUUUCCAGCAGUUCCCGGAGGGACUCUUCUAUGAGUUUGAAGGCAGGAAGUACUGUGAACAUGACUUCCAGAUGUUGUUUGCUCCUUGCUGCCAUCAGUGUGGGGAGUUCAUUAUUGGCCGUGUGAUCAAGGCAAUGAACAACAGUUGGCAUCCGGACUGCUUCUGCUGUGAUAUCUGCCAGGCUGUGCUCGCAGAUGUUGGAUUUGUUAAAAAUGCUGGAAGGCACCUGUGCCGUCCGUGUCACAACAGAGAGAAAGCUCGAGGCCUCGGCAAGUACAUCUGUCAGAAGUGUCACGCCAUCAUUGAGGAGCAACCUCUGCUGUUCAAGAAUGAUCCCUACCACCCUGAUCACUUCAACUGCAACAACUGCGGUAAGGAGCUGACAGCUGAUGCCAGGGAGCUGAAGGGGGAGCUCUACUGUCUACCCUGCCAUGACAAGAUGGGAGUCCCAAUAUGCGGGGCCUGUAGGAGACCCAUCGAGGGCCGUGUGGUCAAUGCCAUGGGCAAGCAGUGGCAUGUGGAGCAUCAUGUUUGUACUGUAUGUGAGCGCCCAUUUCAGGGCCACCCAUUUUAUGAGCGAGGUGGUCAUGCCUACUGUGAGAGACACUUUGAUAUGCUCUUUGGGGAUGUUUGCUACCACUGCAAUCGUGUUAUUGAAGGAGAUGUGGUGUCUGCCCUCAACAAGGCGUGGUGUGUUAACUGUUUUGCCUGCUCAACCUGCAACACCAAGCUCACUCUCAAGGAAAAGUUUGUGGAGGUGGAUCUGAAACCGGUGUGUAAACACUGCUAUGAACGCCUCCCAGAUGACAUGAAACGCCGGCUGGCCAAGCGCGAACGAGACUCGAAAGAGAAGAAGAAGAAAUUACUGAUACCCAUGUGUCUGUGAUCCCCUCUUUCUCCUUUCUUCUCACUUCAACCGUACUUCUCUUUGGAACAAGUUUGUGGAGUUUGACAUGAAGCCAGUUUGUAAGAAGUGUUAUGAGAAGUUCCCUCUGGAGCUGAAGAAGAGACUGAAGAAGCUGUCGGAGACUGUUGCUCGGAAGUAAACAGACAGUUGAGCAGCUGGUGGCAUUGAAAGACGGACGAGACCGUGAGGUGGCCCUGCACAUGCCCAGAACUGAGAGUCAUUUUAGAUAGAAUUUGUGUGUUUUAUAUUACUAGUAUGUUACAUUUAGGUCGAAUAUUUCAGCAGAACACAUUUGUGCUUUUAGUUACAGCAGUCAAGCUUUGAGCUUUGAUUUCAAGAGCCCAACACUGGCAGAUGGCUCGAGAUUGUUGAUCAGUCAGUCAGUCAGUAGGUUUAGCUUUAACCUCUUCAGUGCCUUUUGGCUCAAACACUGCACUGUAUAUUUUUUCACUCGCUUGCCUACUUCACUACUUUAUAUAUAAAACAAAACACAUGACGAUGGUCCUGUAUUUAUUAUAUGAGCAUUGAGAGAAAACAUAGAAAUGUGGGAAGGGCAUAAAGACUUGCACUGACAGGUUGUUCAGCUGUCUGCCAGCUUGUCUUGUGAUGCCAAAAAAAUCUGGUUCUUUGUUUGACUGAUGUUACCGCUGCAUUUCUAUAAUAAAUAAGUAAACCAAAGACAGCUGAAAAAAAUACUGUUGUACUGAAUGUGUAUAUAAUCUUUAAUGUUUGUCCUUUUCUUCCCACAAGUAUAACUAUAUGUAUUCUUCUUGUGUAUUUUCUUUAAUAUCAUGCAAAAUAAGUUAGCUGAGGUCACAUUUCUUCUUGAAUCUACAGUUUAAUGCUAUCAUAUUACAUGCUACAAUAAAGGACACAACUAUCACCUGUAGUGUUUUAAAUUACCUUGUUACAGUAUGUGCUGUGCAAAACAUUUUUUAGAUUCACACGCACAGUAUAAAAUACUCCAAUCCAGCCCUGAAAUAAAUCCAAAAUUUAUACUGUAGAGUUUUUAUUUUUCUCCUCCUAUUUGGAGUAAAUACAUGUGAGUGCGAGAAUAACAGAAACCUUUCAAGAUGUGUACUGCAGUACAAUUCAACAUUAUAACUGCAGUUUAAAUUCUGCUGUGCCAAAACAUCGCCCCUGACAUGCUGUCAACAAGUACUGAACAUAAUAAGCUUCUGAGUGACAUGAUUUAUUGCACGGCAACUGGUAGCUGUGUGUGUGUCUUACAACACGGUGGCUUGUGGCAUGUGCGGAGACCGGAUGUGGGAGUAAUGCUAGAUGUUAGAACAUUUGCCUCUGUUGUUUGUAAUCCAGAGAAAGUGAUCCUCUUAGGGAGGUGUACCGACUUCCUCAGGGCUCAGACCCACUUAGGAAAGAAAGCCAACUGCUCCCAUUCUCAAAAUGCUUCACUUGAGCAGUAUUUUAUCAUAGAAAACAUAUCUUUUAUUAUGUAGAAGCUCGACAGAAAAACACAUUCCACAAAUGUUUCAAUUGCAAAGCCAAUGUUGUUGUUGUGCAUUUCAUUUUACUAUCAAUGCCACAUCGCUGCUCAUGUCAUGUAGAAGUAAAAUUAGCCACAGAAUUACAAAUAGUUCAGUACACGGUUUCAUUUGAUGUCGUACUACCUGGGUGACUGAUGUGACUGCACUGAUACUGAGUUUUAUCUUUGCAGUGUUUGUGAAGAGAUUCAAUCAUGUUAACACACUGCAUAUUCUGGACUUGAACUGAAAUGUAUUUGUCAUUAUAUCUAAGAUAAAUCUGUCAACCCAUCUGAAUAAACACCUGUGUCAAUACCA